GUGUUACUGAAAAUGGCCGUAUACGUACGAGUCCGUCUAGUUUACUAAUUUCAUCAAACUUUUUACGUUUCUUUUAAUAUUUCAGAGUGAUUGGUAAAUUUGUUGAUAAUACGAAUAACUGGUGAAAUUGUGUAAAGGAAAGAAUUUAAUGGAUUGUCGGUGGUUAUAAACCGAGACGAAGUGUGCCCAUUUCGUUAACGGUGGAUCAUUAAAAGAGAAGCUUUAUUACGCUAUAAGUGAAAAUAGAAGACUUUUAAUAAUGGGCUUUGUUAUUUACAUGUACACUGCUAUUUAUUCAAACAAAAUAUCUAUCAAUUAGCGUGUACUGAUUAUCAAUUAUCAAGAUGCGGGAGAGGUUUGGUAUAAUCCCCUGGUGUCGAACGGGGAUUUAAACAAAAUCUUUUACUUAGAAUACUUUCUAUUGUAUUAGAAAAUACGUUAAAAUAAUGGAAAAUAUGCGAGAUCAUAGUUAAAAGAGAAGAUGAUUUUAUGCAUCUUAUAAUUGUUUUGUGUAACAAUCAAUUAUUUGAUUACUGCAUAAGAUUUGUGUUUAAGUGCAGUAUUAAAAUAGAUAUUUGUUAUUAAUAAUAAAUACUAUUGAGUCAUAUAACAUAAUGUAAUAAAAGCAUAGCUUUUAUACACAAGAAAAUAUAUAUCGAAUAAGUAUUACAAAAAUGUCAUUCUUAUCAAAUCUAAAGAAAGCGUUCCACUUUGGUGGUAACGAUGCAAAGAAAAAGAAGCUAUAUAAUAAUAUCAAAAUGGAUUGUAACCCAGAAGAAUUCUGGGAAAUGGUGGGAGAACUGGGAGAUGGUGCUUUUGGCAAAGUUUAUAAGGCACAGCACAGACAAACUCAUCAACUUGCUGCUGCAAAAAUGUGUGCACUAGAGGGAGAAGAUGAUCUUAGUGAUUUUAUGAUCGAAAUAGAUAUUUUAUCAGAAUGUAAACAUCCAAAUGUCGUUGAAUUACACGAAGCAUAUUUCAUUGAGGGCAAGCUAUGGAUGUUAAUAGAAUAUUGUGAUGGUGGUGCUGUUGAUUCCAUAAUGGUUGAAUUACAAAAAGCUUUAACUGAACCACAAAUAGCCUACAUAUGUCACCAUAUGACCAAAGGUCUUGCAUUUUUACAUAAAUCUAAGGUUAUUCACAGGGAUUUAAAAGCAGGAAAUGUUUUAUUAACAAUGGCUGGAGGAGUAAAAUUAGCCGAUUUUGGAGUGUCCGCAAAAAACAAACAUACCUUACAAAAACAUGAUACAUUUAUUGGUACACCAUAUUGGAUGGCCCCAGAAGUAGUAUUAUGCGAAACAUUCAGAGAUAAUCCAUACGAUUUUAAAGUAGACAUUUGGUCACUUGGUAUAACUUUAAUAGAAUUUGCGCAAAUGGAACCACCUAAUCACGAAAUGUCACCAAUGCGUGUGCUUCUUAAAAUACAAAAAAGUGAUCCACCAAAGCUCGAUCAACCUGGAAAGUGGAGCAAAGAAUUUAACGAUUUUAUUGCUAAGGCUCUUAUAAAGGAUCCAACAUCGCGACCUACGGCUGACGAAUUGUUGAAACAUCCAUUCAUAAAUCGGAAUUUGGAUUCAAAACCAAUUAGGGAUUUGCUACUAGAAUACAAAGCCGACGUUGUCGAAGAGGAACUGGUUGACGAAGAAGCAGAGGAGCAACGCACGUCACAGCUUCCACUGGAGCUAGAUCAACUCGGAGAUGACUCUGCGUCUAUGCGCAGUGACGCUGAUGUUAAGAUUUCUGACAAAGAAAAUCUUGUUGCAUCGUCUGUGUCUGCCAAAAAAGAAGAAACCCAUAAACGAGAAAUGAACAGAGAUGGCGAAAAAGAUGACAGGAACAAGAAAUUACGUAAAGCAGAAUCUAAAGACAACAUACCUAUUUCUGUUGAAAAGAAACAAGCACCGAAACCACCUAGUACAAAUGAAACAAAUGAACGUAGAGUAUCUCGGGAGAAAGGUCCUGCACCUCCUCCACCGCUUAUGCGUCAAAAUAGUAAAAGCGAAGACAAGGAAAAUCAUUUGAAAAUUAUCGAUAAACCAAGCGAUACAGAAACAUUAGAUGAAUGUAAAAUUACCGAUAAACAGCGAGAUAAAACUGAAUUACUGCCGAGUCAAGAAACUCUAGACAGGAGGGAAGAAACGAACUUAGAAACGUUUUCCGAGAAACCAAACGUGACUGAUAGUUUAGAAAAGACCACAACAGAGAAUAAUCAAAGGGAGAAGAAUAAUUUAGACAAUGCUAAGAAGGUCGAUGUUAGACAAAAGUCCAUAGAUGAUAAAGUAAAUUCAUCUUUGAAGCCGCAGUUAACGCUAGAAGAGAAGAGGAAAUCUGCACCGGUUAAAUCCGAGGUGUCCGAAGAUUGGAUGAAACCAGUAUUUAGUAAGCAAUCAUCUUUAGAAGAAAAGAAUAGAAUUGACAUGAAAGCAGCGAUCGACGAACGAACGGACAAACAGAGUUUACCGGAAGAGAACUAUAAAAGCUUACAGGAAAAACGAAAAUCCGUAGAGGAAAAGUUGAAUGCCGUUUUAGAAAAACGAUUUUCAAUGGACACCGAAAUGCGGUUGAGUGUUUCUUCCAUGGAAAUGUUACCGCACCGAGAAGUACCAAAGGCAACUUCGUCCGAGAAGAAUAUUAUCAAAGCCUGUUCUACGGAAAAUGUCAAAACCGAUUAUGGAACUUGUAAAACAGAAACUGUCGUUAAAAGUCAUAGCGAAGGAUCUUCCAGAUACGACUCGCUGGAGAACUUCUCGGAUGAAUCCGAUGGGAAACAAGACAAAAAGAAGUGGUUAAGCAAAGAACGUAGUUACGAGAACAUUGCGAACAACGAGAGUCCGAAUCGUGAAAAGAAAGGUUCGUCCGUGAACGUAUCAGUGAUUACAUCGACGCCCAUCAGGAGUAGAAGCACAUCAAGAAGAGGAAGCGGCGAUAACGUAGUUGUCAUAACCGGUAAAUCCGAGCAAGAAGUACGUCCAAAUACAUCAACCGUUCGGAUCACAGCGGACAGUCCAGAUUUAUCUAAUAGCUUAGCGAGUAACGUGAGUCAAGUAACAGUCGUAACGACGCAUCCUCCGGUACUCGUCGAUGCCGUGUCACCAGCACCUCUUUCGUGUCGUCCAUCUCCAACUUCGGAAGUGGUGAUCGUCGCGAACGAAUUAAACAAGACGCAAGUGAACGAGAGUUCAACCGAUGACGACGGAUUUCCUAGUCUGGAUAGUUUAGAGUACACGCCUCAGGAGCAGCCUAUAAUUCUUACCGACAUCUCCAAGAGAGUCGGCAAGAAGUUGGACGAGUCCGAAGUUCUGAUCGUGAGUCCAAUCGUAGACGAAUUACAGGAUACUAGUCAUGUUUCCGUCGUUACCGUUGGCGAAGACAAGGAACAAGUGAAAGAUUCGUCGGUACUUAAUACACACGAUACUCUACGAACGUCUUCCACUCGCGUUGACGCGAACUCGAUCGAAAGGUCGAGCACGAAAAGCGACAGUGGCGAUGAAAUUACUAAAAUGAUAGUCGCUGGAACGACUGUCGAAUCCACGGACGCUGACGAGAUGGAGAGAAACUCCAAGAAGAUGAACGGUAUGAUAAAGAACGACAAGUCCUCCGUUGGUCGCAUCGACGAGAAGACGAUAAAAACGAUGAAACAGAAGGAAGUCGCUAAAGGUUACAAGGAGAAGAGAGUAUCUCCGGACAGUUUCGAGGGAUCCAGAUCUCACAGCGAGUCCGGCUCGACGAGGUCGCAUACUCCGAGCAAGAGCAUCGAUCGUUCCGACGCCGAGUCUAUUUCCACGACGAUCAGUCAGGACAGCAGAGAAUCCAGCAAAGAGAAUCACUUGAAUCAAAGUCAGCCCACGGAAGUGGAAGAGGAAGUGGUAUUACGACGAAAGCCAGAUUACAAUCGCGACAUACAGCGACCGACGAAAACAAAAGAGGACGUGGCUAUGAUGAAUCUGAAGAAAAAGACGAGGAAACGAACCAGGAAGUUCGAGAUCGAUGGUGUGGUAGUCACCACGACGACUUCGAAGGUGAUCUAUGGCGACGACGAGAACGGCAAGGUGUACGACGAUCAAAUAUUCAGGAAACAAGAGCUGCGAGAGUUGAAGAUGUUACAAAAGAUGGAGCAGAAGCAAUUUCAAGAUCUGUCGCAGAAGGCGCAGUUCAACAAGGAUCAACAAGAGAAACGUUUCGAACAAGAAAGGCAGCUUCUCGAACGAAACGCCGAGACGGACUUGGAGAGCCUCGCUCGACAGCAGAGACAGCAGAUCGAGCGAGCCGAGGCGCAACAGGAGGCUGAUCUGAGGCUGGCUUCGAAGAAGAUUCGCAGCGAGCAAGAAAGGGAACUGAAACUGUUCCGUGAAGGAUUGAAGCAAGAAUUGAGAUUGCUCAAGCAAGAGGUGGAUUUAAUGCCAAAAGACAAGAGGAAAAGCGCGUUCAAGAUACGUAAAGAGAAACUGGAGGCGGAACACGAGGAAAGGGAGAAGCACUUUUUGGACAAGCUCAACGAAAGUCACGAAUUAUCGUUGAGAAGAUUGUCGGAUAGUCAUCGCGAGAAGAUAGCGUUGAUGGAAAGGCAGUUCUUACAGCAGAAGCAACAGCUGAUGAGAGCUCGAGAGGCUGCCAUCUGGGAGCAAGAAGAGCGACACAUUCACGAGAAGCAACAACUGCUGAAGAAGCAGUUGAAGGAUAUUUUCUUCCUGCAGAGACACCAGAUGUUGAUACGUCACGAGAAGGAAUUAGAACAAAUGAAGAGGAUGAAUCAACGGAAAGAGGAGGAGCUGAUCAAGCGACAGAACGUGGAGCGUCGAAACUUACCGAAAAGGAUUCGCAACGAGAUGAAGGCUCGCGAGAUGAUGUUCCGCGAGUCGAUGAGAAUCUCGAUGUCGACGGUGAUAGCGCCGGAUCCCGACGCUGAGAGAGAGAAACUGAAGAAGUUCCAAGAGAACGAGAAGAAACGAUACAGAGCGGAGCAGCAGAGAUCCGAGUUGAAGCAUUCGCGGCAGCUGGAGGAGGUAAGAGCGCAAAGCGAAGCGACUAUUAAAGAAUUGGAACAAUUGCAGAACGAGAAACGAAAGAUGCUGAUGGAGCACGAAACGCUGAAGCUGAAGGAGCUGGAAGAGGCGUACGGCAAGGAGCUUCGCGAAUGGAAGGCGCAACUCAAGCCUCGAAAGCAGAAGUUAGAAGCUGAGCUGACGUCUGAAACGGAAGCAUUGGAAGCUCGCUACCGCGACUAUUUGCCCUCGCCUAAAUUGGAAGAGCAGUUCGCUUUACAAUUAGAGGAACAAGAAGCAAUUUACGGGCCAAGCGCCAUACCGCUGUGCUUGCCAGCAGAUCUUCCAGAUUUGACCCACCAUACGGCUGGUUCGACUCGCAGUUCGCUUUCCUCGGUGAGCGAAGGUUAACUGGAUUCGCUUCUUUCUUCAAUGAACGAAUCGAAAGCUAACUGGAAAAUCGAGCUUCCAAUGAGUACGGACAUCGAUGGAUGACGAGCUCUGUAUAGUGUCCCGAUACCAUAGUUGAUAAGAGAGACGCAAAUGGGACGUAAUUGCUCCAUCGAGCAUGUUCGGUUGAAAGGAUAUUCCAAUGGAACGAUCAUCGAAUAGAAUUUCCGUCUACAAUUCGGUAUAGCGUUAGCAAGUCCUACAAGCAUACAAAAGUUUCGUCCACCUCGAUGUACGAGGAUUAUUUCGUACGACAAGCACGAAUCACUGUAUACAAAUGUAAUUUCUGACGAUCUUGUCGAAAAUAUACCUGGUACAAUCUAUAGAAUCCGCCCGAUGAUCACAUCCGAGAAUUUGAAACAAUCUCGUGGUUUUUCAUACAUAUUGCUGUAUCCGAUAAGUAGACUUUUUUUCUACAUAUACACGCAUGUAUCAAAUUAGAAAUCGAAUUCGAGGAUAAUUCACCGUUCAGUACGCAUGUCUUGUUCAGCGUGCUGGUGGAAUGCAUUGGCGAUACACUUGAGACACCUGUAUCACGAAAUCAAGGAUUCAGAACUCGCAAGACCGAGCGAAAAAUGUAACGAACGUGCGACGAAUCAACCUUCAGAGCUUUUCCUUAAGACAGUUUCCACAGCGAAUGACUUGUUUGCUUUCUAGCGACAGAACGUAUCGUUACUUUUAUAUUCACAGAUGCUAUUCUACGAUUAUUUUUUAUAACUCACAACGUACGUUCGCUAAGCAGAACUCACUCGGUAUCUUGUAAUCCUGUUUUUGCACAUCUUGUAUAUACGGUUGUCCGAAUACAACUUUAUUGUUAUUGAAGUAUCAGCAUUUGCGAGAAUCUGGUAGAUUGUAGCCGAAAGGAAACAGAUGCAGGUACAUCGUUCGAAAUAGAUCGAAACAGGAAUUCUACUACCUGCGGUUUCCUUGUCUUCUCGUAAUUAGGCUGUUUAACGAGUCAUACCGUUUGUAAAGGAAAUGCUAAAUUGUCUUCGAUAGAUUGUUUUUUUUUAUCGAGAUACAAAUAUAUAUAUUUUAGUAAAUAAACGUUCAACAUUACGAAUCAAAGGUUUACGCCAAAUAUACAUAUAUACAAUGUAUGGUUGCUUACCGCGCGUCUACAUAGUCCGAAGGCGAAGCGCAUUCGCGACGAGCACGUGUAACGCGAGUCGUUAGAUGUAAAGAACCAUAUUUGUAUAAAAUUAUAAUCUUGUUUCUGUUUGUUCUUACCGUUGUACAUUAAACUUUUGUAUCUUUCUCUAUUCUCGUCGAUCUAUCCGCCAGCGUGCUUAGAAACGAGAUUUGUACAUAGUACAUAGAGGAAAUCAGAACGAAGCGUUUCAUAUAUUUUGAAUAAUCUACUCGAUCUUACGAGAACAAAGGAGUCUAUGAAAGUAGCUUCUCCUGUUUCUUUUGAAACGAAGCUUCCGUAACUCGAGGGAAAUUUGACUAUUUUACAUUCAACUUUCGCUCGAGUUUCUUUUUGCGACCGGAUUAGGAGGAAUAUUGUAGAUCGUAUUCGAUGAGAAAGAAAAGUGGACGUUUGCCAAAGCGUAUGUACAUACAUAUAUGUAUAUAUAGAUAUUUAUACAGGCUGUUUCAUAACACGUUAACGAUAGUCGAUUCAUGAAUGAAUUUGUACAUUAUCUUUCAAAUUUUCUUAUUUACCAAACGCUCAUUACAUCGUUCUUGUAAUUAAUUCUAAUUUGUGAUGUUCACGUAGAUAUCGGUCUAUAUAAUCGAGUGAAUGAAUUCUAAAGAAUGGCAUCAAUUAUCGAGCAUAUUCUGUAGGAUACUACAUUUUGUUUCCCUCUUCGUCGAUCGUUACAUGCGCUAUGAAACAUACUGUGUAUACAUAUAUUCUUGAAACGUUAAGAUUUCGAAUAUAUAAAAAAGACGUACGAGACACGUAAAAGUCUUGAUACUGCCGUUUAAUCGAAUUCGCGUUAGACAUAAUUGUUGAAAAACGCUCGUCGUGGCUCUUAGAUCAAGACUCGGAUAUGAAGUAAAACCGAGCAGCACCGACGAGAAAGAUUCGAGCAUAAAUUUCGAUGGAAUUUUACAUAAAUUUAACGAAUCGUAUUUUAGACGUUGAAACAGCAUUGUAUGCGCGAAAUGUCCGCUGGAGACAGUUUUCACGAUAACCUUAUUACUGCAGUUUUAGCAAGUUGAUCGCGUGCGUUACAUAUAUUCGAUCAAAGAUAUUUAUACGAUGAAUAGAGCGUGAAGUGAUGUAAUAUAUAGCCGAGAGGAAGAUACUUGUCGACGAAUCGAAUCGAUCGUGUUACGAUUCGUUCGAGUAGUCAACAUUAGCAUUAUAUAUUAUUACUUUUCUUUGUCUCUUGUUUUCGAGUAUAUCCUCCAAUAUUCUUAAUCAUUGUUCGUACAGUAUUUAAACGCGAAACUGUUUUCUUUUUUGUUACGAUAGUUUUCCAUUUGUACCGAUUGAGUUUCGUUUUCUCGCCCGUAUGUUUAUCGGCGAGCCUUAUCUCGACGCGUAGGCGCAUACUUAUAUAUAUGUAUAUGAAAUAUCAAUAGACUGAGAGCGUAUAAAAAUGGAGAAUCCAGAAAUGAGAUUAUAUCGUUGAUCUGUUCGUUGGGAUGAAAUGUUUAAAGUUGAUGAUGUUCGUAGGAGUUUUUACGAUUUUGAUAAAGUAGCAUUCGUAAAAUGAUAUUAAUGAUUUUUCAAAUUGAACUGUGCGAGGUGGUCCUUUCGUUCGCUGGUUUCAAACGGAACUGUUAUUAUCAGUCAUUUGUUGGGAACCCAAUCGAAUUUUUGAUCAGAAACAUUUCCUGAGUGUAGAAAAGGAACCAGAGAAUCGAUCGUGUAUUGUAAAGUUAUUUUUCUGUGAAAACAUAAAAUAACAAAAAAAUUCUCGUUUAUGAUUUGUAGAAAGCGUUUUUCCCUUUUUGUACCUUAAUAUGCGCGUUCGAUCGAUGUUGCGCAACAAUGUACUUGUUUGUCUUAGAUCGAGUUUAUUUUACAUAGGUAUAUUUAUAUUACGAGUUAAGAGUUAAAUUGUUUUUCGAUAAACGCUUCCGUUAAUAAUCUUUAAGAACAGAUCGUUGUAUUUUACGAAUGAAAACUUGUUUUUACGAAAAACUUGCGAAACCGAAUGAGUGGGAAACGCGCGGUUAUUCAGAGCGCAUCCAAUUUAUUAGAGAAACUUAAUUAUAAAAACGAAGUAUAAAAAAAUGAAAAAUAGGUGAUAAAACUGUUAAUGAUAAUCGAAGAUGUUAGCAGUGAAAUCCAUGCGUUUCCAGAGUCGAGGAUGCUAGCACAUAAUUUUGUAUAUAAUUGAUAAAGAAAUGAACGUUUGCCGGAAUACGUUAAAAUUUUCCUCGUCGGUGUUCCACGAAGGAACCCGAAAACGAACAGCUGCAAACGUAGGUUUCAACGGUUCUAUAUCAUAAAUUUUACUCAUACAUCUUCUUGUUUUGUCUCUUGAACGCUUCAGAAUCGAUGGCGAGGAUAUUCUUCGUGAAAAUUCUUCUGGGAAGAUACAUUUUAUAACGAAAGCCAAAUUGAUCGAGUUUUUAAAACACCGUCUACGUAGGAUUAAUAUUCAUACAUGAAACGUUGAUUGCAAAUACGCAGAUAUUUUGCAAUGAAUUCCGUGCAUUUUGUGUGGCGUGCAGUGGAUAGCAUUUACACUGUCAUUCUGAAUGUUGCCGUGGAAAAAGAGAGAUAAUUUUUUAUACCGUAACUCUCGUUUGGUUGAUGCGACGUCGACUGAGAAUUAUACAUAGAUAUAGAUAUAUGCCGCUGUAACAUACUUUAUAUAAUUAAUUGCUCAGUACUAGCUAUAAACUAAAUUCAGUACCGAUUAUUAAUAUAGACCGUAAGGCUAAUGUUACGAUUAUUUACAUGGUAAUGCUAUCAAGAAAUAAUACAAUAAAUAUUUUACUUCUA